AUGCCACUACUAAUCGUUUUCUCACUGCUUUUGGUAUUGAGUAAUGCGAGCCAUUCUGUUGAGUCAUAUGAGUUGACACCCCCAGACGAGGCCCAUGCAGUUGCAGCGCCAAGACAAACAAAGAACGUAAUCACUGACGCUAGCAUCGACAACGGUAUCCUGAUGGAGAGUUAUGAACUUAAUAGUGCGGAAAAUGAUGACGAAGAGGAGAAAGGUCGUGACACAGCGUAUGUUUCAGUACAGCACUUGAAAAAGAUUCAGCCAGUAGCAACGACAAAGGGUUUUACUUGCACAGACAAUAACUCGUGUCAGAACAUAAUUUGCUCGGGUGGCCCAAUCUAUACACUCCAAGUUGAAUUCGAUUACAUUUUGAAUUGGUGCGGAAAUAAAUAUUUUGACGUCAUCAUAGAGGAUUGCACAUUCAACAAAAAUACCAUAGACAGAUCCACAUUCUCAGGGAGUUUUAAGAUAUCCACUUUAACAAUACGAAAUUGCACACUCGAUACGAUCGUCGAUAAUGCCUUCAACUACCAAACUCUGAAUAAAUUGACGAAUUUAACAUUUGUUGGUACGCAAUUGAAAGCUUUGAACGCGCAAACGUUUCUUGGUUUGGAAACUGUGGAAAAUUUCCAAUUGUUCAAUGUGCUCAAGCAGGAAACUCUGCCCUUCAGCGCUAGUAAUUUCUUGCAACCAAUGGCUACGAGUCUCAGCAAUUUAGUGUUGCAACAAACAGAGGAAUCAUGUUGUUCCAACAUCAUCCAUGAUCCCACUGAGUGGUUGGGUGGUAACAGCGGCACCGUCUACAGUAAACUAACGUAUGUCGAUUUGAGCGGCACUAAUUUUAACGACACACUUAACGAUAACACAUUCGCAAAAUUUUUAGCAGUGCAGGAACUACGGAUGACCAAUUGCAGUUUGAGCACAAUCGCCGAAAACGCAUUCACUGGCAUAUUGUCGACACUAAAAUCGCUCGAUUUGCGAUAUAAUCAUUUACAGACGCUGGACGGUGAGCUCUUAGCCGCUGCUAUUCCCAUAGGAAUUAACAUGGAAUUGGGGUGGAAUAUGUGGAGAUGCGAUUGUGACAAUAUGGAAACCAUUGAGUACAUGAAGCAAAUAAAAAAUAAUUCCGCGGCUGAUACGGUAUGUGCAACGCCAACAGAACUGCAGGGCACACAAAUCCGUUUUGCGCAAGUAACAUGUGAUGACACAACCACGCUUACAACAAUUAUGACGUCCUCAACUUCCAAAGGAGCCACUACAACUAUAGCAAAAGAAACGACAACAACAAUGGUCACAACCACAGAUUAUACUACAAGUGAACCGACAGGGCCUUUCAGUCAAGAUACCUCAACUUCUUCUACGAAUACAAUCACUACCUCAACUUUGCCGAUUUCAACCGCUGGUAUAACAACGACUACUGUAAGUGGUAAGACUGAGCAGAACACAGACUCAACUAUAAUUAUAAGCGCCGAUACAACUACUACAACAUCACCCUCUACCACAAGUAUUAUGCCGACAACUUUAGGUGAUUGUGCUGAGGUAACUACAGAGUCAAACUCAAAAACUUCAUCAACGUCUUCUACAACUGCAAACGACAACUCAACCUUUCCGACUUUAUCCUCUGGUACAAGUAUAUUGCCGACAACUACUGGUGAUGGGACUGUGGAAACCACAGUGUCUAACUCAAACUCUUCAUCAACGUCUUCUACAACUGCAAGCGACAACUCAGCCUUUCCGACUUCAUCCUCUGGUAUAAGUAUAUCGCAGACAACUUUAGGUGAUAGUACUGAGGUAACCACAGAGUCUAACUCAAAAACUUCAUCAACGUCUUCGACAACUGCAAGUGACAACUCUACUUUUCCGCCUUCGUCCUCUGCCACUAGUAUAACGCCGACAACUUUAGGUGAUUGUACUGAGGUAACCACAGAGUCUAACUCAAAAACUUCAUCAAAGUCUUCUACAACUGAAAGCGACAACUCAACCUUUCCGACUUCAUCCUCUACCACUAGUAUAACGCCGACAAUUACUGGUGAUGGGACUGUGGAAACUACGGUGCCUAACUCAGAAAUUCCAUCAAAAUCUUCUACAACUCCAAAUUUUAUGUCAACUUCAUUCUCUGACACAAGUAAAAUGCCGACCACUUCGGAUUCCAUUAUCAUAAUCACAACACAGUCUAAUUCAGAAACUCCAUCAAAAUCUUCUACAACUACAAACCGCAACCCAAUCUUGUCGACUUCAUCCUUUGCCACAAGUAUAAUGCCGACAACUAGUGAUGAUAGGACUGAGGAAACCACAGAAUCUAAUUCAAAAACUUCAGUAACAGCUUCUGCAACAACAAUCAACCAGUCAACCUUGUCGACCUCUUCGUCGACCACAAUUAUGAUUCCGGCAACACCAGAUUAUAGUGCUGAGGAAACAACUGCAUCUACUUUAUCGGGUGCAGCAAGUAUUCACCGAUGGUAA